UGCUUUUCACACUCACAGACCAUAAUAACCUUCGCCUCGUACCGUCUCCGCGCGCACCGGUCGGGUCGGCUUGUGUUUUAUUUUUGUCGGCGCUGUUAUUAUGUAGCGGUUUUAAAACCUUUCAUUUCUCGGCAGUUCACACGUGCGUAUUUUUUUUCCCUCCCCGAAAUAGUGUGUGAACGCACAAGUUUGCCUGAAUAACACGGAGGUUGUUGACCAUCAGCAGGCCUGCCGACAGUUUUGACACCGUCGCCAAACUUCAGUCACGGAAGAGCAACUAGUGUGCAGCCAUGACCUUUUAUUGUACGCCAUGUAGCGACUUAUUUUAGGAUUGUUUUCACACCUGGAGUUUAAACCCCGUUCACAUCCGAGGUCAGACAUCAUCCGAUUCAUCGCAGCGAUUGUUUAGUUUUAAAGGGACGUUGGUCGUUUCUGGGGCCCGAGCUGCGCGUGCUGAACAAUAACAGACUGAGAUAAACACAUGGGGCCCAAACAGAGCAGUCCGGCGGCUAGUGCUCGCCUCAGGGCUUAUUCAGGCUCGGAUGUGCCCACUUCCACCUCCACGGCGGCCGGUUCCGGGAGCGCGAGUGCAGCGGCGAUUAGGUACUACAGCGGAAACCAGCAGCAGGUCGGAGCGCGCGGACGGUACGGCGCGGACGGCGCGAGACCCAACUCGCUUUUCCAGUCCACCAUCAUAGCGCAAGGUAGCGGGAAUCAAAGCGACGAAGACGCAGACGGAGAGCGGAGUCAGUCCGGUCCGAGGUUACUGAUAGGAUCGUUACCGGCCCACCUGUCUCCACACCUGCUUGGAGCCGGAUUCAACUGUCCAGUGUGUUCAAAGUUCGUUGCUUCAGAUGAAAUUGACCUUCACCUUGUCAUGUGUCUCACCAAACCAAGACUCACCUAUAACGAGGAUGUCCUGAUGAAGGAUUCUGGGGAGUGUGCAAUAUGCUUGGAUGACAUGACCCAGGGAGACACCAUCGCCAGACUGCCCUGCCUCUGUAUCUACCACAAAGGGUGUAUUGAUGAAUGGUUCGAGGUAAACCGGUCGUGUCCAGAACACCCUACCGAUUAAACAAUCGUGAACAUUGCACAGGUUCUCUCAUUGUCACUGCAGACUGCACACCCUGUGAUCCAGAGCCUCAGUGAUUUCACAAAGACCUGUCAUCACCUCAGAUUCACACCUGUGCCAAAAGACAAUUAAAAACUGACUCAGGGAUCCUACCCAUGUGUUU